AUGGCUCCGCCUGGAAGGAGACCAGAACCUCGUGGAACUCCUACCGAGGAACUGCUAGCGCAGAAUUUGCAGCAGUUGACCCAACUGACUCAAACUUUGGGAAAUGCGCUUCUCAAUAAUCAACGGGGAGGGCCAGAUGUGGCUAAGAUCAUAGCUGGGCAUCGUCCUCCAUUCUUCACUGGUAAGGAAGAUCCACUAGUGUUAGAAGAUUGGAUAAGGACUUUCGACAAAAUGUUUGAGGCUGUAGAAUGUCCUGAAGAAAGGAGGGUGGAGAUAGCUACAUUCUAUUUCCAGCAAGAAGCUGACAACUGGUGGAGUAUGAUGGGACCCAUGUAUCAACAACAAGGAGAAUUUCAAUGGACUGACCUUAAAGCUCGAAUGCGGGAUCAUUUUUAUCCCGAGCAUGUUAAGUCCGCUAAGUACGAGGAAUUUCUACAUCUACGUCAAGGGACGACAUCUGUUCAGGACUACUAUGCUAAGUAUCUUGAGCUGGCACGAUUUGCCCCUGCCUUAGCCCCGGAUGAGCCAAGCAGGGCUAGGAAGUUUGUAAAUGGAUUAAAUUUUGAGACUCAAAAAGCCGUUUGUGUGUUUGAGUGUCAGACUCUUGGAGAGGCUUAUAACCGGGCUGCCAAACAUUAUCGAGUCCAACAGAUGCAGAAGGAGGUUCGUGAGAAGGGUAAGAGGAAAUUUGAAGGUAGUAGCAGAGGGGGAGAGAAGAACUCUAAGAUGAGUCAAGGAGAGGCUAUUCGGGAUUACCAAAGAAGUGGGAUUCCCAGACCUAGGAGGGAUUUUCCAACUCAAAGUACGGGGAUGACUAGUAGAGGAUGGAUGAAGGAGAGGCAUUUCUACUGUAAAAGAUGUGGGAAGGAUCAUCCCGGUGUCGAUUGUAUAGGGAUGCCGGUAGAAUGCUUCAAUUGUGGGAAGAAGGGCCAUCGCUCAUUUGAAUGUCAAACUAGCAGGAGGGAAGGGUCAUUCCGUCCUAGCCAGAGUCAAGAAAAGACCCAACAAUCUGGAAUACAAGUGAAGGCUAGGAAUGGAGGGAACAUGGCAAAUAGUAACACUGAGAGCACCAGCAAGGCACCAACUAGCAGGAGUGGACCCCAGCAAGGGAGGAUCUUUGUGAUGAGUAAAGCUCAGGCGGAUGUGAGCGAUGUGGUGGCAGGUACUUUUCCGCUUCGUGAUAUACCUGCUUAUGUAUUAUUUGACUCUGGAGCAUCUCAUUCUUUUAUAUCCUCAAGGUUUGUAGAGAAAUUGAAGUUAGUACCUAGUUCCCAAGUACAAUUUAAAGUGAACCUUGCAUCGGGGAAGGUGGUGACCUGUAGUAAUAUCUUUGAGAACAUACCUAUAAGCAUAGAAGGGGAAAGUUUCCCUUGUACCUUAAUACAGUUUGGAUUAGACGACUUUGAUAUAAUAUUAGGGAUGGAUUGGUUAGGAAAGUAUAGGGCUCAGAUCUGUUGUAGCAAACAAAAAUUGGUACUGAGGAGCCCAAAAGGAAAACGUGUGUCCUAUAAGGGAGCUGCAAGUCAGCCCGAUGUGAGAUUAGUAUCGAUGGCCAAGAUGAGGAAGUAUGUGGGAAAAAGGUGUGAAGUGUUCUUAUGCAUGGUGGAAGAUUUGAAUGUGGAUAAGAAGGGAAUUGAGCAAAUCCCUGUCGUAAGGGAGUUUCCUGACCUAUUCCCUGAUGAGAUUCCAGGCUUCCCUCCAGAACGGGAAGUAGAGUUCACCAUUGAUCUGGUACCGGGCACUACUCCUAUUUCAAAGACCCCGUACCGAAUGGCCCCAAUAGAAUUACAAGAGUUGAAGGAGCAGCUUCAAGACUUGCUAGAUAAGGGAUACAUUCGCCCGAGUGUAUCGCCAUGGGGAGCUCCAGUAUUGUUCGUGAAAAAGAAGGAUGGGGGGUUGCGACUCUGCGUUGACUACCGAGAGUUGAACCGGGUGACUGUUAAGAAUAAGUACCCACUCCCUCGGAUUGAUGAUCUGUUCGAUCAAUUAAAGGAGGCUGGUACUUUCUCAAAGAUAGAUUUAAGGUCGGGAUAUCAUCAAGUGAGAGUGGCUGAGAAAGAUAUAUCUAAGACAGCCUUUCGGACAAAAUAUAUGUAA